AUGUGUCCUCAAAACAUCACUGUCGAAAGUGACGCCCUUCAGCUCACAAUCUACAUCGACGAAGAAGGCGCAGCGUAUCUUGACCAGGUCAUUCCAGCCGGAAGCACUCCUCGACGCCCGGUAUCCAAAUACUUUGAUACCCAUCGCGCUCCCCUAGUGGAAGUACGACUCGCCGGCGAAGGGACGCAGAAGCACAAGUCCUCCAAGAGUCUGCUGGGAAGCUACAUCGGGCCGCGACUGCACUACAAAUACCACGAUAUUCGCGCUGAUGGGGGGUGCAAGACCCUAGACGUGACGCUCUCAAGUCCCAAAGACAAGAUCACCGUAAUCUCUCACCUAGCCCUCUACAACUCAACACCUACCCUCCGAGCGUCCGCAACAAUCCGCAACGAUGGAAAUGAGUCCGUAAUCAUCACCCAAAUAACAUCCCUCGUCCUCGGCGGCCUCACAACCGGCUCAGAAAAAUGGUGGGAUGGCUACACCCUCUCCGUGGCUACAAACUCCUGGUUCCGCGAGGCGCAAUGGGUACAGCAUUCACUGCCUGCCAUCGGACUGGACGACUACGGCGUCUACGGUCGGCCCGAGAACCACUUCGCUUCGCUGGCUCACUAUGCGAUCUCAAAUAGGGGUACAUUCUCGACGGAGGGACAUCUCCCCAUGGGUCUUCUGGAGCGCUGUGAUAGAGGCGAGACGUGGCUGUGGCAGGUUGAAAGUAACGGCUCGUGGCGGUGGGAGAUCGGGGAUUGGAGGGACGGGGGUUAUCUUGCUGCCUCUGGGCCGAUUGAGAGCGAUCAUGACUGGAGACAGAUUCUAGAGCCAGGCGGGGAGUUCAAGACUGUUCCUGUGGCGCUUGUGCAUGUGUUCGAUGACUACGAGAGUGCGUUUGGGGCGUUGACGACAUAUCGAAGACUUAUUCGACGGGUGCAUGACGAUAACAAGCACCUGCCCAUUAUAUUCAACGACUACAUGAACUGCCUCAUGGGUGAUCCGACAGAGGGGAAAAUUCUAGCCCUCGUUGACCCAGUCGUGAAAGCGGGCGCCGAGUACUUCGUCAUCGACUGCGGCUGGUACGCCGAUGAUGCCGGGUGGUGGGAUGACGUUGGCGAGUGGGAGCCGUCGAAGAAGCGCUUUCCCAGCGGCUUCAGGAACCUCCUGUCCAAAAUACGCGCGAAAGGCCUCAUCCCGGGCCUCUGGAUCGAGCCCGAGGUUAUCGGCGUGCGGAGCGCCGUAGCCACUCAACUCCCAAACGAAGCGUUCUUCCAACGCAACGGCCACCGCGUCGUCGAGAAGGGCCGGUACCAGCUUGACUACCGACACCCGACCGUACGCGACCGCAUGCAUUCUAUCAUUCAGCGCCUGGUCACCCAGUACGGAGUCGGCUACUUCAAAUUCGACUACAACAUCGACGUCGUGCAGGGGACAGACAUCGCGACUUCUUCUCCAGGCUCGGGACAGCUCGAGCACAACCGCGCAUACCUCUCCUGGGUGAAUGAGCUCUUCGACCGAUACCCAAAUCUCGUGAUCGAGAACUGCUCCUCCGGCGCGCAACGCAUGGACUACGCCAUGCUCUCUACCCACCCGCUCCAAAGCACCAGCGACCAGCAAGACCCCGACAAAUACGCCGCUAUCUCCGCGGCAUUGCCGAGCGCCGUUACGCCUGAGCAGGGCGCUGUCUGGGUCUAUCCGCAGGCUGAGUGGGACGACGAGGUGAACGCGUUUACUGUGGUGAAUGCGCUUCUAGCACGCGUCCAUCUUAGCGGGAGGUUGGAUUUGCUGAGCGAGGCGCAGUUUGCGAUUAUACGGGAGGGAAUGGAUGUGUACAGGGCUAUCCGGGCGGAUUUACCAAGCGCGAUGCCGUUUUGGCCGCUUGGGUUGCCCGGAUGGCAUGAUGAUUGGGUGGCGCUGGGCAUGAAGGUGAAGCGGGGCGAGAGGGUGUAUGUGGCUGUUUGGAGGAGAGGGGGUGGGCAUGGGAUUGGUUUACCUGUGUCUGGACUCAGGGGGUGUGAUGUUCGGGCUGAACUGCUGUAUCCGAAGGCGUUUGCGGCUGGGACGGAGUGUGAGUGGGAUGCGGUGGAAGGAGUGCUUAAGGUCAAGGUCCCUGCAACCCUGUGUGCACGCCUAUUCUGCUUGACGGUUUUGUAA